AUGGAACAAAUAACCUGUAAUUUAUUCCUAACACGCUCUUACUUCCUUUCAUUAGGCUCCAAGAAAGUUCCUCAACUUUUAUCACAAAAAGUAGUUUUUUCUUCCAAAUUCCUUGCAUGUACAAUAUACAUCAAGUCCGGAAAUCCGAAAAGAGUACUAGACCUCCUUUGAAGCGGAAACAAGGAAAUUAAAGACCUUUACCGUAAGACAAAACACAGGGGAAGAGAAAUAGGCGGUCUCCCAGAGAAACGGCGAGCAACACCCUCUUCUCGUUUCAUUUUAUCAUCUUUUCUUUUGGCUUCAACGUCUCUUUUUUCAGAUAGCCCCGAGAAGAAACACGGUGAAGAUCCAGACGCUUUUCGUGAAUUUGAAGGCAAAUCGAACUUGAAAAAAAAGAUCGAAGACUACCCGGACGUCCAACAAGACUCGAAAGCCGUAGCAGAAGAUCAAAAAGUCGAAACUUGUUCGCCGCCGACUCUUUACCCUGAAGAAGGCCAGGCCCUUGCCUCCUGUAACUUCGGACAACUCCCUGUCUUAACGUUAGAAGCGGGUCUCUACAUUGUUGAAACAGGUGCGUUUUUUUUCGAGUUCGGUCACAAAGAGACUUCAAAUGGAAAAUCCGACAAAUGUUAUUUUUCAGGUCAAGUCUUCUUUCCUGAACAUCUUUGCACCUUCAUCAACGACUCUUGGCUUCACGGAGACUUGCUUGGAAAUGUCAGUUUGUCUGGUCGUCAUUGGCCGCAUGUGGAAUGGCUGAAUCAACCUGUUUUCAGUCUGACGCAAUUUUCAAAAUUCUGA